AUAAAGUUACAAUUACGUACUACUUGAUGGCGCUGGAAGUAUUAAUGUACACCAACACAAAUUCGCUUGUUCUCGAUCAUUUGAAUGAUGUUUUCCCCUCAAAUUAGUACAAAAUAACAUCAUUUUAAACUGAAAUACAACGUCAUCAAUAAUGGAUGAUAUCGAGCAACAAUGCGAAGACGCAGUUUUUGAAUUGUGUGAUGCCCGAGAACGGUAUCCAUUACGAUGUGCCGAUGAAUUUCAAAAAUCUAUCAAAUUGAAAAAUGAGAUAAACAUGCUGAAGCUAUUUCAAAAAUCAACUGUGAUGAAUGAAUUACCGAUUUUGGAGCAAACUGAACGUUUGAAUAUUGAGUUUAAUGAAAAGGAAAUGUGCUUUGAUCAUUUAGAUUUUAAAUUGCAAAAUAUUAUAAAUAAAUUGGAUAAUUUAAAAGCUGUUGUGGAACAAAUUGAACGAGAAAAAACAUGUUGGAUUAAUAAAUUAUUAGAAAGUUGACUAAUAUGAUAUAAUAAAUUGUUCUAGAUAGAGUAUCAUAUAUAUUUAUUCAUCAUUUACAUUUAUUGAAUAAAAUACAUGUAUAAAAAAUUCUAAAUGUACUGCUGCUGAAUCUAUAAAUUAAAUUGCAGAUGACAUUUCUAAUGUUAAAUAUAAACUUUUUACUAUUGAACUACGAACAUUUAUUUACAUUUAUACGUGUUACAACAACCUUGGCACCUCUUGUAAUAUCUUGAAAAAAUUUGAGCAUUUGUAUAUGCGUUUCACCAUUAUUAGUAUAAUUCAAUGAUAUCUUUCUUGAUCUUAGGUACUUGUGAUUUCUUAAAUUUUCUGUCUUCAAAUAUGAAAGAUUUUUAUAAAAUUCUUGUGUAAUGUCCUUUAUUUUAGUCGAAGACAAUUUUGGUUUAUCGAUACAAUCAUUUUGUCUUUGUGAUUUUUUCUCUGUUAGUUUUAUGACUUCUUGAGAACUUAUAGAACAUUUCUCUUCUGUUUUUAAUGUAUUUUCAUUACAUGUUUCUCUAUUACUUUGUAUAGAUUUUUCAUCAUCUUUUGAUAAUGUUAAUAUAUUAUCUGAAAUUUGAUUUCCUAAUUGUGCAUUAAAAGCAUUAUUUUCAUUUUGACAUGCUUGUGUUUUGUAAACCUCAAUAUUAUCUUUAUUUAUCUUAUUUUGUUUUGUCGAUAAUUUAUUUCUGAGUAUUUUCUGUAGUGGCAAAGGCAUUUCGUUUAGAGUAAUAAUUUGAUUUGAAAUAAUUACUGGAGCAUUUGAUUUAUACUUGUUUGUAUCAUUAAAUUUAGAUUCACAUAUUGUAUUUUUAUGCAAUUUUUGUGCUUUAUCUGUAAAGAACUUUGUAUAUAUUGAAUUAUAAUCUGAGUAUCUUUUUGAGUAUCUUUUAAGGUGUAAACUGUCAUUAAAAUUAGGCUUAAGUUCAUUCUUGCCUAUUUCAAAUUUUAUUGAAUCUUCAUUAUCAACAUCAUCCAUUAAUAAAUCUUUGUUUGGCAUUGAAUUUAAUUCAUCUUCAGACUCAAAAGGUAAUAUAGAUAAUAAUGUUUCAUUUUGUAAUGCUUCUGGUACUAUAUCUUCGUUUUCGUCUUCUUCGUAUUCUUCUUCUUCUUCUUCUUCUU